AUGAGGACCACGGCCCGUACGGCAGUGUGCUGUGGCCUCAGCACCCUGGAGAUCCUGCUUCUCGUGCUCUUCGUGCUGAUGACCGGAGUGUCCGUGGGCCUCAUAUCCGUGAUGGCCACCACGUGGAACUCAAACUUGCCGGAGGAGCCAAACCCCACUGAGAAUCCAUUCCUGGUGGGGGUGGGCAGGGCUGACGUCACAGGCCCCGUUGGAGAUGUGCCCCUGAUGGGAUAUGCCAAUUUGGGCCAGACCGCCGGGGGCAUCCACACCCGCCUCUUCAGCCGUGCGUUUAUCGUGGACGACGGGAGGAAGCGGGUGGUGUUUGUGACAGCGGACAUAGGCAUGGUCUCUCAGAGGCUGAGACUGGAGGUGUUGAAUGAGCUUCAGUCCAAGUAUGGUAACAUUUAUGGACAAGACAACGUGGUGAUGAGUGGCACUCAUACUCACUCUGGCCUGGCUGGCUACUUCCAGUACACUCUCUUCAUGAUCACCAGCAAAGGCUACAUCAAACCCUCCAUACAAACUAUUGUCAACGGCAUUGUGAAGAGCAUAGACAUAGCCCAUAAGAACCUAAAGCCAGGAAGGAUAUUUCUGAAUAAAGGGGAGCUUGAAGAUAGCAACCUGAAUCGAAGCCCUCACUCUUACCUGAACAACCCCGCAGGAGAGAGGCAAAGAUACAAAUCCAACACAGACAAACAGGUGGUGAUCCUGAAGUUCACUGACCUGGAUGGGGACGGCUUGGGAGUGCUCAGCUGGUUCGCUGUCCAUCCUGUCAGUAUGAACUACACCAAUCACAUGGUGAGUGCAGACAACAUCGGCUACGCAUCCUACCUGUUUGAGCAAGAGAAGAACAUUGGCUUCUUACCCGGAGAGGGUCCAUUCGUGGCUGCCUUUGCCUCCAGUAAUCAGGGAGACGUCACCCCAAACACCAGAGGCCCGUUCUGUGUGAACACUGGGGAAGCGUGUGAUUUCAUCAACAGCUCCUGCCCCAUUGGAGGGACAAAAAUGUGUGUUGCCAUGGGACCGGGAAAGGACAUGUUUGAGAGCACCAGGAUCAUUGGAGAGAACAUUUACAAGAAGGCAAAGGAGCUGUAUGGGAGGGCAGAGCAAGAGGUGCGGGGUGUCCUUCACGCAGCUCACCAGUGGGUGGACAUGACCAAUGUGACGGUCCAGCUCAAUUCCACUCACACGGGGAAAACCUGUAAGCCAGCUCUCGGACACAGCUUUGCGGCAGGAACGAUUGACGGUGGGGGCGACCUCAACUUCACACAGGGCGCGGUGGAGGGGGAUCCCUUUUGGGAUGCCAUUCGAGACGCUCUGGUGGGACCACCGUCCAAUGAGACCCAGGACUGCCACUGGCCCAAGCCCAUCCUCUUUAGCACGGGAGAGAUGACCGGGCCCCUCCCGUGGCACCCUGACAUCGUGGACGUGCAGAUGAUCACCAUUGGGAACGUGGCCAUUGUUGCUGUCCCAGGAGAAUUCACCACCAUGUCUGGAAGAAGGCUAAGAGAAGCAGUAAAACUGGAACUGGAGAGCCUUGGUAAAUUUGCUGACACAGAAGUGGUCAUUGCUGGACUGUGCAAUGUUUACACCCACUACAUCACCACCUAUGAGGAGUAUCAGAUCCAGCGCUAUGAGGCAGCAUCUACCAUCUACGGGCCCCACACCCUGUCUGCUUACAUAAAACUCUACAGGGGACUGGCCAGGGCCAUCACAGAGGGUAAAGAGCUGCCUGCGGGUCCUGCGCCCCCCUUCUUCAACGAAAGUCAGCUCUUCUCCUGGCUGCCUGCUGCCCCGGUGGACAGAAAGCCACUGAACACAGUCUUCGGCCAAGUGCUGGAGCAAGUCCUGCCUGAGUACCGCGUGGGAGAAGUCGCCUCUGUAACAUUUGUCAGUGGGAAUCCCAGGAACUCCGGAGACAUGACCGAGAAGACCUUCGUCACAGUAGAAAAGCACCAUGACCGAACAGAGCAAUGGGAUGUCGUCCAUACAGAUGCAUCUUGGGAGACAAGGUUCUACUGGAUAAAAGGGUUUCUAUCUCGGAGCAACGCCACAGUGGAAUGGCACAUCCCGCCCCAAGCCCAGUCAGGCACCUACAGGAUUCGCCACUUCGGUCACGUCAAAGAAACAGAAUCUGUUAUCAAGCCCUAUGAGGGGACGUCUGCUAACUUUACUGUCUUUAAGUAACUUUAAAUACUUCCUCUGGGGAAGCAGUGUUAUUCUGCGUUUAAGCUUUAUGGUAUAAAUACAAAAAGGGAUGCAAAAGUGCCUAAAAGCGUGUAAACCUUGGGUGGUACCCAAUAGGUACGUAAAAUUGUACCCCUCAGCAGCAAUACGUAAUUCAUUUGCACCAUUUCUGCUUGUAAUAUGUACUAGUAUUCAAAGAGAACAUCAUUGCACUUCCCAGGUACAUUUUGGAAAUGUGUACCUCAGCUGUACCUUUUUAUUUCUGCCAGUGUAGGCUGUGAAACGGAAAGCUGCAGUGAUACUGUGGCUCUCUUUAACUUCAUAACUAUGUUUCUCUAUAGUCAUGACCAUUGGGAGUGUGUGUUUGUAUUUAUUUUGA